CCAUCCGACGGUGGACGCUCUCAUGGCGACGUCUCCGCAAUUGCCUCCGCCCCUCUCGCCUCCCCGCAAAUCCCCCAACCAUCGGUACCCUAACCCUAACGCUCACCCUCUCACUCCCCUCUUCUUCCUCCUCCACCCUUCACUUUUCCCUCCUCCUCCUCCUAUGGCCGCUUCGCCCUGCUUCCGCCGUCGCAGCACCCACGCCGACGCCGCCGGCCGACCCCAGCUCCGGCGCGGAAGAUGAGGGCCAUCGGAUCCACCACCUCCUGGGUUCUCCCCUUCCGCCGCCGCCCGGCGGUCACCCCGCCACCGGCCUCCGUCCUCCUCCACCUUCGCCGCCGCCCUUGGCAGCCCCGCCGCAUCCUCGACCCCGGCGGCGACGCCGUUCUUCGCUGGAACCGCAUCUUUCUCGUCUCCUGCCUCGUCGGCCUCUUCGUCGAUCCCCUCUACUUCUACCUCCUCUACAUCGGCGGCCCCGCCUGCGUCCGCAUCGACGUCAAUCUCGGCAUCAUUGUCACCUUCUUCCGCACCGUCGCUGACCUCUUCUAUCUGGGUCACAUGCUCCUCAAGUUCCGCAUCGCAUUCGUGGCGCCCAGCUCAAGGGUCUUCGGCAGAGGCGAGCUCGUCACGGAUCCCCACCAGAUUGCCAUGCGCUACCUCAAAGGCGACUUUGUCAUCGAUCUCAUCGCUAUGCUCCCCAUCCCCCAGAUAAUCAUCUGGUUUGUGAUUCCAGCAGUGAGCAGCUCUUCAGCGAAUCACACCAACAAUACACUUUCCUUAAUUGUUUUCAUCCAAUAUAUUCCAAGAUUAUUUCUCAUUUUUCCUUUGAAUGCACGGAUUGUUAAGGCCACAGGAGUAGUUACAAAAACUGCAUGGGCAGGAGCAGCAUACAAUCUCCUUCUGUAUAUGCUGGCAAGCCAUGUUCUUGGAGCUUUAUGGUAUCUUUUGUCCAUUGAGCGCCAGUACACCUGCUGGAUCACAGAGUGCAUUAAAGAAAAUGCCACUAUGACAAUGCCAAUGUGCAACCCUAGGUUUUUGGACUGUAGUAGCUUAGAGCUGCCUGAACGGAAGGCGUGGCGCAAUAGUACCCUUCUGCUUAGUAAUUGUGAUGCCACAAGUGAUAGUGCCAAGUUUAAUUUUGGCAUGUUUGCAGAUGCUUUGACUAGUGAGAUUGUUGCAGCAACUUUCAUUGAGAAGUAUCUGUAUUGCCUUUGGUGGGGAUUGAAAAAUCUAAGUUCAUAUGGACAGAAUCUGGCAACAACUACUUAUGUUGGGGAAACAACAUUUGCGAUUCUGAUAUGCAUUGUGGGUCUUGUUCUAUUUUCACAUUUAAUUGGAAACAUGCAGACCUACUUGCAGUCUAUUACUGUGAGACUAGAAGAAUGGCGAGUGAAGCAAAGAGACACAGAGGAGUGGAUGAGGCAUCGUCAACUACCGCCCGACCUACAAGAACGUGUUCGGCGUUUCGUCCAGUACAAGUGGCUUGCUACUAGAGGUGUCGAUGAAGAAUCAAUUUUGCAAUCUUUACCUUUGGAUCUCCGUCGCGAAAUCCAACGUCAUCUAUGUCUUGGUCUCGUUCGUCGAGUCCCGUUCUUCUCACAAAUGGAUGAUCAGCUUCUGGAUGCUAUCUGUGAACGACUGGUCUCAUCCCUGAGCACCAAGGACACGUACAUCGUCCGGGAGGGUGACCCAGUCAAUGAAAUGCUCUUCAUCAUUCGAGGUCAACUCGAAAGCUCUACAACUAACGGCGGCAGGAGCGGUUUCUUCAACUCCAUCACUCUGAGACCUGGGGACUUCUGCGGCGAGGAGUUGUUGACAUGGGCUCUGAUGCCCAACCCCAGCAUGAACUUUCCUUCAUCGACUCGAACCGUUCGGGCCCUCAGUGAAGUCGAAGCGUUUGCGCUUCGAGCUGAAGAUCUCAAGUUCGUCGCCAACCAAUUCAAGCGUCUCCACAGCAAGAAACUGCAGCAUGCUUUCAGGUUCUAUUCAUACCAAUGGAGGACUUGGGGAGCUUGCUUCAUACAAGUUGCAUGGCGGCGGUACAAGAAGAGGAAAUUGGCCAGGGAGCUGGCCGAACAAGAGUACCCCGACUAUGACCCAGUACUGGAGGACGAUGAGAGCCAGGAUAUGGAGCAUGAUGGGGCUCCUUUGCUUGCUGACUAUGCCGAUGGCGGUGAAGUCUCAUCAGGAGAAACCGAAACCGGGAGCAAUUUCCAGCAUCUCGGGGCGACGAUACUCGCUUCGAAGUUUGCCAAGAACACAAAGAGAGGAGCAAAUCAGAAGAUCAAUCAGCUCAGUAAGGCUGCCACUAGCAUCAAGCUGCCGAAGUUGUUGAAGCCGGAUGAACCUGAUUUCUCCAUGAACAAUUUGGAUGACAAGUGA